GGAUCUUGUGUUAGGUGCAGCCGUCAUCAUGGCCGCCCGGCUGCUCGUGUGGGCGUCGCGGCAGCUGCUGGCGGGGGCCGGGGCCGGAGUUGGGGCCGGGACCGGGCGGCUCACGUUCAAGACUGCGCCGCGCCAAGUAAAGAAGCGGUGGCUCCGCGCCUACCUGGAGCAGGAGCGGCUGAACGCGCCCCCCCAGCGGCGGUCAGAGAAGCCCAACUGGGAUUACCACGCAGAGAUACAAGCUUUUAGCCACCGGCUGCAUGAAAAUUUUUCCUUGGAUCUUCUCAAGACUGCCUUUGUUAACUCCUGUUACAUUGAAAGCGAAGAGGCGAGGCGCCGGGAGCUUGGGCUAGACAAAGAAACGAUUGCUCUUAAUCUCCAAGAUAACAGUAAACUUGCUGAAGAAGGGAUGUCUUUUUCACGUUCUUACCUAACGCAGUGCUUUGAAGGUGCCUACCCAGAGUUACCCGCAGAGGGAAUAGGAGCACUUGUUGAUUUUCUCACCAGUCAGGAACUUGUUUCUUAUGUGGCUCAAAACUUGUCUAUACAGGACCUGACGCUUUGCAAAGAAUUCCCUGCUCCCCCAGAUGUGCUGCAGAGGACCUUCUUUGCUGUAAUAGGAGCCUUGCUUGGCAGCAGCGGGCUGGAAAAAACUGGGAUCUUUGUCAGGGAUUUUUUUAUCCCACAACUGAUUGGAAAAGACCUGUUUGAGAUCUGGCAAGUUGUAAAUCCUAUGGGUUUACUAGUGGAAGAACUGACCAAGAGGAAUAUCUCUUCUCCAGAACCAAGAAUUACCAGGCAGCUGGGAGUCAGCACGGUUCUGCCAGUAUACUUUGUUGGGCUGUACUGUGAUAAGAAGAUUAUAGCUGAAGGUCCUGGUGAAACGUUGCUUGCAGCAGAGGAAGAAGCUGCCCGAGUGGCUCUACGGAAGCUCUAUGGGUAUACAGAGAACAGGAGACCUUGGGAUUACUCAAAACCCAAACAAGGACUGGCAACUGAAAAGGCUAUCAGCAGUAGCUAGAUGAUAACUGUUUCUCUUAAGAAUUGAUGGCUUCCAUGUUGAAUAUAGAUGUAUUUAGGAAAGGAAAAUGCAGUUUGGCUUUCUGAUUUCAGUGCUUGAAACUUUCAAAUCGAAUACGGUAUUAAAAUAAAGUAUUUUCCUUUUGCACAA